CGUCACAGCUGAAUAAGUCACAGCUUUCUAGUUCCAUUAAUGUGAAACAAACCAAGAAAUGUAAAAAAUAAAUAUGUGUUGCUGAUAUUUUAUUUUAAAAAUUAGUUUCAACAAAAAAGAAAAAUUGACUCAGACAGUAAUCUCAAUACAAAAGAUAACAAAAAUUUAAUAAGUAUGAUUGAACAAAAAUAAGUGAAAAACUCAUAUAACAUUGUCCAAUUGUCCAUUAUGAUUUGAAUUGAGAAUCAAUGGAUAAAUUUGAGAUACAUACAUAAUGUCUGAUCAUCACACACCGAGAAAAUGUAAUAAGCCUGAAUAUGCAGAAUUCUGUUGUCAGCCUAGGUCUUUGCCGUUAUUACCUGGCUUCAAGACACAUUCGGGAUCAAAAUCUAGCAUGGAAUGUAUACAAACAAGAUCAUCACUUCGGUCUUCGUAUAAUUAUCAGAACCAUAUUGCUGAGCAAACAAAGUCUUUACAGGAAUUACAAAAUGAAGUUGGUGCAUUACUUGAGUUUAGAGAUUUGGUGAUUGAAACGUUUCCAGACCUUAAAUCGAAAAUAACAUGUUCUCCAAGCACUAGCACAGUGAACGAAUUAACAUCGUCCUCUUUGUUGAGGAGAGAAUGGGAACCUGGUAUUAGAGUCCGAAGAAAAAUAGGUCAAAAAGAUAGUACUUUAGAAGGAUCCUCUACAAUUGUUAGAAGCAGAAGUAAUUCCAAUAGUAGUAAGCAACACAAUCAAAUGAUUAAAGAGCCAAAAAGUGGAGAAGGAACCGGAAGUGUCGUACAAGACUCAGGUUUUUCAACUGAAACUAAUUCUUCUAAAGAAACACAUAGUGCCUCAUCUAACGUUGGUGCAUCGCAGCUGGGAGCUGUUAUGAAUCGAAGCACUGAAGAUGAAUUGUGGAAUUUGUUAGACGUAAUACACAGAAAAAGUAAUAGGCUAAGAGAAGAAGUAGAGCAUUCAAGGACAGUGAAUAAAAGUAAAACGCUCGUGAAUAAAUAUGGAACAAGUCAUAAGACCUUCGGAAAGAAUAUAUCUACUGUAAAUGAAUAUGUUCGAAUACUGAGAACAGAACGAGAUAGCCUUCUAAGUAAACUGGCUGAAAUGGAAGCAGAAACUUUAACAGGAAAAAUAAAGGAAUCAAAAAUGCAGAAUGAAAUAGCAGAGUUACUUGCAUCAAGACUCAAAUUGGGACAUCAACUAAAAAUCACAAUGAAUCAAAACAAAGAUCUUAAAACAAAACUUAAUGAUCUCGAUAUGCAUAUUUUUGACAGCAGCGGUGACGUAUGUUUGAAACCUUUAUUUAGUGACUAUGAAAUAAAACAGAGGAAAGACACGUACUUUUCUCCACUUGAACUAAGUCAUGGAGGAAAAAAUAAUAAUAAAGAAGACAUUAAAACUAACAUGCAACAUUUGGAUAGAUGUAACACGCCAACACGUAAAAAUCGUUUAAAAAACAUUGAUUCAAAAAAAAUUGCGUUCAUAUUACUUGAAAAUAACGUCGUAGAGCUUCAAAGACAUCUUUUAACAACUACGGUUCAAAAUCAGAGUCUACAACAAAAAAUUAAAAGAGUGAUCAAAACACAAAAUUUACUUAAAGACCAACUAGAAAAAUCCAAAGAAGAUAUUGAGGAUUUGAAAUUUCAGCUUGAAGAAAAAAAUAUCGAGUUAGAAGGUACACGUGCACAACUUCGCAUAAUCGAAUCAAGGUCUGAAUAUUUAAGUAUUGAGCAAACUCCAACACGUUAUAUAAUAAAUUUGCCACCUGUUUCAUCUAGUGUUAUUAAAACUUCUGAAUCACAAAUUUCCUUGUAUAGAGAUGUCAAUCAAAUAAGCACCCCAAGUAUGAAAGCAAUGACACCACUUGUGAUGGAAGAUGCCCCUAAUUUAAAUCAUAGUAGCAGUACCGAGUCUGCACAAGAUCAUGGCGAGUUAAAUACUAUUUCACCAAUAUCUAAGCAACGUCCUCCAAGUAAAAUACCACUACCAGGCCAAAAAAAUAACGUAAUAAUUAAACCUCCUUCUGGAAAAACUUCAUUUUCAAGAACGUCUUCAGGACCAUCAUCUAAUCGUAGUCUAAAUAAAAAUGUUAGCAGUUUACAAGCUGUACCGACGCAAACCACAACGAGGCAGCUUACAUCUACUCCCGAAAAUGUGUGUCUUAGUUCAAAAAAAAGUGAAGCGACACAAAGUUGGCGGAGCAAGGAUGUCUCAUUAGAACGUCAAAAAUACAGCAAUGCGUCCUCAAUACCUGUGUCUUCUAGCAAUAAAAUUGCAAUAAAAACUAUAUCUUCGCCUGUUUUACAUAGGGCGAAACGUGAUCUUACAUCUGUAUCUAAAGUAAAACCAAGGGACUCAUUAAGCCGUCCAACACCAAAUACAAGUUUAAACACUUCAAAUAAUUUAAUUUCAUUAUCACCAACAAAUAUCGUAAAUGAUAAAACAAAAAAAGAAGCAAGUGAAAAUAUACGAAGUGUCGGAAAUAGUAGUAGUUUUACAGGUCGAGCACAUCCAGUUAUUCCGAUGCGCAGAAUAAGUAAUAGCAGCGCUCACCGAAACACUCAUGCUUCUCAUUCCUCAAUCAACGUUAGUACGAGCAGACAUAAUUCGUCGACUUCCAAUAAUCUGAACCCUAUAGAGAAACAAGAUUCAUCUGAAGUUAAUAAGGUACGAAGUGGUCUAAGGGCAAAUUUUUGGAAUUGGUUAAAAAUUUAAAUAUCACUUGUAUAAAAGCUUUUGUUAUCGGUAUGAUCAAUUUAAAAAAAAUGCGAUAUAUAUGCACAUAAAUAAUAAUAAUCAACUGCGUUUCCAAAUGUCAAAUUAUUUACAGUAUUAGAAAGUUUUGGGAUACCUAAAUUGAAAAAAAUUGACUGACCGAUAUAUUCUCAUUUUUUUGAAUUAAAGAAAUAGUUUAUGUUUUUGUCAUUUUAUUGGAUGAUUCGAUGAAAAAUUUAAUGGAAAUUUUGAAAAAACAUAUACAUAAUGAAUAUAUUUCAUUGAGAGUUGAUUUCGUUAACGUCAAAUUAAUGUUUUCUAUUAAAAUUCUAUCACGCUUAUUUUCUUUAUAAUAAAGUUUUUACAUUACAUACUUGCAUACGUGCCUCAUCGCAAAUAUUGUUAUU